AAUUGAAGAAAAAGAGGAGAAUGAAGAAUCAAGUGAAGUUGAGGAGAAAAAUCACGUCAAAACUGGAGGAAAACCUUUCAGUUUCUCUCAAAGCAAACAGAAAGAUUUAAAGAAAAAAAGAGCAAAGAAGUCCUUCAGCUGCACUCACUGUGGAAAGAGAUUCAGACUCAAAACAGGUUUUGAGCGUCACAUGAGAAUUCAUACUGGAGAGAAACCAUUCACUUGUGAUCAGUGUGGGAAGAGUGUCAAACUAUCAGCAAACCUUAAGAUACACAUGAAAAUCCACACAGCAGAGAAGAAGCACACAUGUGAUCAAUGCGGUAAAAUGUUGUUAUGGGUUUCACUUCUGAAGAAACACUUGAAAGUUCAUGCAAAGGAGAAACCACAUCCAUCUAAUUUGUGUGGUAAGAGUUUUUUGCAUCUAAAAAGUUUGAAAGUACAUCAGAAAAUACAUACUGGUGAAAGAGAGUACAUGUGCUUUGAGUGUGAGAAGACUUUAAGUUCAGCAAGAGGUUUAAAACAGCACGAGAGGAUCCACACUGGAGAGAAAAUGUAUAAGUGUUUACACUGUGACAAGAGAUUCAGUCAGUCAGUAUAUCUAAAAAAACAUGAAAGGAUCCACACUGGAGAGAACCCUUACAAGUGUUCACACUGUGAUAAGAGAUUCAGUCAGUCAGUAUAUCUAAAAAGACAUGAAAGGAUCCACACUGGAGAGAAACCUUACAAGUGUUCACACUGUGACAAGAGAUUCAUUAGAUCAUCAGGUCAGAAAACACAUGAGAGGAUUCACACUGGAGAGAAACCUUAUAAGUGUACACACUGUGACAAGAGAUUCAUUAGAUCAUCAGGUCAGAAAACACAUGAGAGGAUUCACACUGGAGAGAAACCUUAUAAGUGUACACACUGUGACAAGAGAUUCAUUAAAUCAUCAACUCUGAAAACACUGCACAAGAGGAUUCACACGGGAGAGAAACCUUACAAGUGUUCACACUGUGACAAGAGAUUCAGUCAGUCAGUAUGUAUGAAAAGACAUGAAAGGAUCCACACUGGAGAGAAACCUUAUAAGUGUUCACACUGUGAUAAGAGAUUCAAUGAGCCAUCAACACAGAAAAGACAUGAAAGGAUCCACACUGGAGAGAAACCUUAUAAGUGUUCACACUGUGACAAGAGAUUCAGUGAUUCAUCAAAUCUUAAAAUGCAUGAGAGGAUUCACACUGGAGAGAAACCUUACAAGUGUGCACACUGUGACAAGAGAUUCAUUGACUCAUCAUCUCUGAAAACGCAUGAGAGGGUUCACACUGGAGAGAAGCCUUACAAGUGUUCACACUGUGACAAGAGAUUCAUUAAAUCAUCAGGUCAGAAAACACAUGAGAGGAUUCACACUGGAGAGAAACCAUAUAAGUGUGCACACCGUGGCAAUAGAUUCAGUGAUUCGUCAAGUCUGAAAGCACAUGCGAGGAUUCACACUGGAGAGAAACCGUACAAGUGUGCACACUGUGAUAAGACAUUCAAAGAUUCAUCAUCUCUGAAAACGCAUGAGAGGAUUCACACUGCAGAGAAACAUUACAAAUGUGCACACUGUGAUAAGAGAUUCAGUGGUUUGACACAUCUGAAAACACAUGAGAGGAUUCACACUGGAGAGAAACCGUACAAGUGUGCACACUGUGAUAAGACAUUCAAAGAUUCAUCAUCUCUGAAAACGCAUGAGAGGGUUCACACUGGAGAGAAACCUUACAAGUGUUCACACUGUGACAAGAGAUUCAUUAAAUCAUCAAGUCAGAAAACACAUGAGAGGAUCCACACUGGAGAGAAACCAUAUAAGUGUGCACACUGUGACAAGAGGUUUAGUGAUUCGUCAAGACUGAAAGCACAUGAGAGGAUCCAUACUGGAGAGAAACCUUACAAGUGUUUACACUGUGACAAGAGAUUCAGUGUGUCAUCAACUCUGAAAACACAUGAGAGGAUUCACACUGGAGAGAAACCUUAUAAGUGUGCACACUGUGACAAGACAUUCAAAGAUUCAUCAUCUCUGAAAACGCAUGAGAGGAUUCACACUGGAGAGAAACCUUACAAAUGUUCACACUGUGACAAGAGAUUCAGUGUGUCAUCAAGUCUGAAAACACAUGAGAGGAUUCACACUGGAGAGAAAACUAAUGAGUGUUCACAGUGUGUCAAGAGAUUCAGUGAUUCAUCAAGUCUCAAAACACUUGAGAGGGUUCAUACUGGAGAGAAACUUUGUGUUCACACUGUGACAGAUUGAGGGACUGAAAACACAUGAGAGGCAUGCAUGAAUUGUUUGACAUCUACAGAUAAGGAUAUGUAAAUGAGAUUUUUGCACUGUAAAAUCAUCUCACAAACAAGCCAUUAUGCUAAUGCUUCAGCUUGAAGCUUCAAAUGACGAUUUAUCAUGUUAUGGGCAUCUUGUAUAACAUACUUUUCCUUCAGGAGGUCAUUCUGUUUCGUCCGAUAUUUGUAGAUGCAUUUUGUCUAUAAAAAUGCUUUUAUUGAGUUCUGUAAUUUGACGCAACAGGAUGAAGUUGGCUGUGCACUGUGGGUAGACUCGACUAAAUAUAAUGAGAAUCGUUAAGGAUUUUCAUCAUCAAUAAUCAUCGAUUUUAUCAAUUAGUUUUUGCAGCCCUAACUGAAACCACAACCUCUUUGCUUGAAAAUUUGAGAGGUUACGCAUAUAUUUCCAUAUAGUGACGUAGACAUGUGGGGGCGUGUUUAAACAAGGUGU